AUGUCAGACUACGAGGAUGAGAUGGACGUCGACGUCCCCGUGUCCAAGGACAUCAUGUUCUCGGUUGAAAAGUACCGCCCCGUGAGCCUCGCCGACGUGUCGGGCCACCAAGACAUCCUCGCGACGAUCAACAAGUUUGUCGACUCCAACCGCCUCCCCCACCUCCUCCUCUACGGGCCUCCGGGCACCGGCAAGACGUCGACGAUCCUCGCUCUUGCGCGGCGCAUCUACGGCGCGGACAACAUGCGGCAGAUGGUCCUCGAGCUCAACGCCUCGGACGACCGCGGCAUCGACGUCGUGCGCGAGCAGAUCAAGACGUUCGCUUCGACGAAACAAAUCUUCACCCUCGGACCCUCGGCCAAGUCGGGCGGCAGCGCUGGCGGCGGCAUGGCGUCGUACAAGCUCAUCAUCCUCGACGAGGCCGACGCCAUGACCAACACGGCGCAGAUGGCCCUGCGCCGCAUCAUGGAGAAGUACACGGUCAACACGCGCUUCUGCAUCAUCGCAAACUACUCGCACAAGCUCUCGCCCGCGCUGCUGUCGAGAUGCACGCGCUUCCGCUUCAGCCCGCUCAAGGAGCGGGACAUUAGGGUGCUGGUGGACAAAGUCAUCGAGGAGGAGCACGUCAAGAUUAUGCCCGAGGCUACGGAGGCGCUCGUCAAGCUUAGCAAGGGCGACAUGAGAAGGGCGCUCAACGUGCUCCAGGCGUGCCACGCGUCAAGCGACAUCGUGAGGGAGACGAUCUCAACCGAGACGAUAUACAACUGCAUCGCGGCGCCGCAGCCCGACGCGAUACAGGAGAUUCUGGACGUGCUCCUCAGCACGACGGACGUGACGUCGUGCUUGACGACGAUCAACACAUUAAAGGUGGCCCGGGGUUUGGCGCUGGCGGACAUUAUCACAGCGCUGGCGGAGCAGUUGGCCACGUUGGAGGUCAAGCCGGAGAUCAUGAUCAGGUGGCUAGACGGGCUCGCAGACAUUGAGCACCGGGUCGCCGGCGGCGGCAGCGAGGCCGUGCAGACGGGGGCAGUGGUGGGCGUCAUCCGAAGCGGGGCCGAGUUGAUGAGCAAGUAG